GUUAAUAUGUGAUCAGGGCUUACCAUUCGGUAUUGUGUUGUUAUAAGUUGAUAAAUAUUCGAAACUGUGUUGUGCACACUAAGUGACUUCUCAAACAGGAUUACGUGGUCAUUGAAAGUGUAACAUUCAACGGUUUAUCUAAAUACUAACAUUGAACUGAACAGUAAUGCGUAACAUUUGUUGGAUUUUCAUACGGCUAUACUACUGCACAUCUGCAGUAUAAAAUAUGAACGAUUUAAUACGAUUUAAUAAUGAACCAUUUGUGAAAUAUUCAUAGUUUGUGUCAUAAUGUAAUAAUAAAAAGCUUACACAUUUAUUAGAGUUAUGAACUAAUGAAAUCGAAAGUUGUUACAUGUUGCCACAUUAGAGACUUUGAACAAAAAAAUGAAAUGCUGGACUUUGUUCUCAUUUUGGAUGAUUCGUUGACAUGGCAACCGGGGAAAGAGCCUGGUUCGGAUCUUUGACCUUAGCCGUGAAGUAUGACAUCAGAGUUGACCUUGACACGGAAGAGGCUGUUUUGACACCUUCCUACAAUUUUGACCCGUGUGAGGUCAAUGUUCGAUCUAGUCCUCACGAUGAACACUUGCGCCACCUGGAAGAGGAGAAACAGAGCCUGGCCCUACAGGUAUCUGUUCUCUCGGACCAGGUAGAGGCGCAGGCUGAGAAGAUCAGGGACAUGGACAUGUGUCUUGAGGACUACCGACGUCGGGUUAUGGAUGCGAGUAAUGUUUUACAGCAGGAACUUUUAACCAGGUCCAGUCUAGAACAUCAUAAGCUUGACCUGAUGGCUGAAGUUUCUCACUUAAAAAUGAAGCUUACAUCUACAGAGAAAGACAAAAGAGAAUUGGAUGAACGGUUUAGGGCAGUACAGAGACAAGUGGCAGAGCUUGAAGCCAAGUUGCUCAUGAAAGAUGCUGAGAAUUCAGAGCUAAGGCUCAGGCUUGGAAGAAAUGGGACUAUUCCAUUGGAUAGUGCUGACACAGAGGUGGAAAAAUUAAAGCGUGCUGUGGACACCUUAAUGUUGGCCAAUGAAGAGAAGGAACGUAAACUUGAAGACAUGAGAAGAUUGUUUAAGAGAUAUAGAAGAGUGGAGGAAAUUUUAAUUCAAGCUCAAGGCAGGAAAGCUGUAGAAGAGUUAUUGAUGAAUGUAGAAGAUGGUGACACCAGCUCCACCAGUUCAUCCACUACACCAUCAGUGGGGGACUCUGCAGUGCGAGACCAGCAUUAUCCCAUGUUCCACCCUGAUGACAGAGCUGAUGGAAGACAUUACUUAUCUUCACCUAGUGCUACCAGCACUCCUAUGCAUCAGAUGAACAAUUUUAAUGGAGGCACUGCUGUUUCCACAAUCCCUCUAAUCUCAAGGCAAGCCUUAGGGAUAACCAGGUCUAAUAGUUGUGAGAAUUUAGUGCCAGGCUCAAAAAAGCCCCCAACUUACAGAAAAAAAGAUGACCCAUCUGUUGGUCAAGCUCCUGGACCAGGUGGAUAUGGUACGUUACCUAAGCAUCGCAGUAAGGAGGAUGUGCGGGAUGGGAAAAAGUCCAGAGGGUUUCACAGCCUUGGAAAAACCCUUCUGCGCGUUAGGUCAGGCAAACGAAGCAGCUCAGCCCCAAAUCUAGCCCACACUGAGGUUUUAACAGAUGAUGAGGAUGGCCUCCAGCACUAUGGUCACGACCACAGAGAGUACAAGAAAAAGAGAGGCUUGUUGAGACUGUUUGGUAAACUGAAGCGCAGCAGUUCCCAAGACUUUGAGGGCAGUAGAGAGCGGGCCCCAGAUGGGGAAUUUAAGCGAGGUGGGGUUAGAGCAACAGCGUCUGCAAGACUUGCAUGGAACAGAGAUGUGAAAGGGAGAAUAGCCAAUUCAGAUGUUCCAUUUGCUAGGUGGGAUACAGACAGGCUAACAGCCUGGAUGAAUGAUAUUGGUCUAAACAUGUACCUAGUAGACUGUAAGAGAUGGGUUAAGAAUGGAGAACAGUUGCUUAGGUGUUCUCAUCAUGAUUUGGAAAAGGAGCUUGGCAUGAAGAAUGCUCUACACAGAAAGAAGCUCUUGCUGGCAAUGCAGGCUAUGGCUGCUGAUAACAUGGACACGUUUCUGGAACUGGAUUACAAUUUUGUAGCCAGAUGGUUAGAUGAUAUAGGAUUACCCCAAUACAAAGACUCAUUUUAUGAUGCCAGAGUAGAUGGCAGAAUGUUAAACUACCUCACUGUUGAAGAUCUGUUUUCUUUAAAAGUGACCAAUGAGGUGCAUCACGUAUCUAUUAAAAGAGCCAUUCAAAUUCUUCGACUGAACAAUUUCAAUCCAAAUUGUUUAAGGAGACGGCCUGCUCCAGAUGAGCCUCAUCACAUGAAGUGUGUACCAGGGGAAGUAGUGCUGUGGACCAAUCACAGAGUAAUGGAGUGGCUACGGACUAUUGACCUGUCAGAAUAUGCACCCAACUUGCGGGGCAGUGGGGUACAUGGGGCACUCAUGGUCCUGGAGCCAAGAUUUAAUUCUGAGCUGUUUGCUGUCCUGUUGUCUAUUCCACCCAGUAAAACUCUGCUGCGCCGACACCUUAACACCCAUUUCAUCAGCCUGAUAGGUCCAGAAACACAGACUAGGAAAAGGGAGCAUGAAUCACAACCAGGUUAUAUCCCUUUGAUGCCCAACAACAAGGUCAAGAAAGGAAAGUUUGGUCUGUUCAGUCAUAAAAGAACAAAAUCAGAAACAGAGUCGGAUAGCUACAUUUGUCCACUAGAGAUCAAUGGACAGUACACCAAUGGAAAGCAUGAUGAAAAGGCUGCUAGAGAAAUUGGAGCCUACUCUAAUGAGAUUAACACACUCACAAACAUGUUAUCACAUGAAAGGUUUUUGGACACAACGAAAACCUCCAAUGUCUGACUUCCUGUUUGUUUGGCCCAGGAGUGAAAAUGGCAACAGUCUCAGCAAUGUAAUUUUUUUUUUAAAACAAAAAAAGCCAGCCUUUGACUUCAUUGUCUUGUGGCCUGAUGACAUGCAGAUUGGCUUUCUAGUGUGAAUUCAUUCAUUUUCAUUGUGACAAGGAUGCUGUGAAUUCUUCAGGUUUCAGUUGAUUCUCAUCUGGAAUAACAGGAAUCAUUGGUUUGCAUAGGUGAAAUGUUUUUUUAAGAUGACUGAGAUGUGGUCUGUGAAUUAUGUUCUUCAAAGAAAGUGAAAUAAUGUCACAUUUCGAUAGGAUUUAAUAGUGAUGUAUUGUGUGAACUGGAUUAUUUCUUUUUGGAGUAACAGCACACAUCAUAUAGCCAGUUUCAGUGGAUUAAAUUCAAAGUUUCAAUAUGGAUUACCUGCCUGAGCCACUGUGUACACAAAAUGUCAUUCAUAAGAUUCUCUGGAUAUAUCUAACUUCUACCAUUUGCUGUUGAGCUUCUGUGAACAUAUUGCACUAUUUGCCUUUGCUGUGGGCUUUCUCCCCAGCCCAAUAACAUUUACGAAAAUUAGCUAGUAAUCAGUACAAUUGUUUUCAUACAGACAUUGUUUGCUGCUGUUUCUUUUUAUUUUAACUAUAUAAUUGUUUUGGUUUUGUAACUUUGGCCUUGUCAAAAAUGUCUAGACUAUUGUUUUAGCUUUGAGAUUUUGAGAUAUCAAUAAUUAUUUGUUCAUCUUUUUUUUUUGUAUGUUUAUAGAAACAAUUUUGUUCCCUAUGUAUAAAGUUGACUCAAUCACAAGAUCAGAAGUGGGAACACAACCAAAACCUAAUAUUUCUUUGAUAUAUUUGGAUUUUUUUUAAAACAGAACAAUUUCCCUUUGUAAAUAUAUAUUUUCUGGCUUCCAGUGAUGAAAAGAUCUAUUAAAGAAACAUCUGUUGACUACUGAGAAAAUAGGAACAUGGUCAUUAGAAGCUCAUAUUGAAAUGUUGUGUAUCUAUUUAUUCUCCUUUGAUCCAAGUUUUCGUUUUAUUUCUAUAGUUCCAUUGAACUGUGAAGUUAAAUUCUUUUCACGGAAGUCUAAUCAAUUGUUUUUGAGUGGAUGCCAUGUUUUGCUAGUACCAGACACCUUAAGAGGGCUUAUGUACUUGAUUACAAGUAUUGGUUUACUUGUUGACUUAAUACUUGUUGGCUAAUUCAGCAAAUGUUAAUUGUAGUCGCAGGUAAACAACAAAAGACACUUGGGGCAGCAUUGUGAAGUUUUAUAUAAAUGUAGUGUAGUUUUCCUCAUUUCUGGAUUGUUCUGGGCUUUUUGUUCCUGAAUGGGUUCCAAGAGGAAAUAUCUUAUUGAUCACAAUGUGCCUAAUGUUCUAGAAGGGGAUCUUGAAGACUUUUAUAUACAUAUAUAUUUAUAUCUUUUGUCUUCAACCAUGUCAUUGUGUACCCUUGAUAUGAUUGGCUGGCUUUUGUGUACCCUUGAUAUGAUUGGCAGGCUUUUGUGUACCCUUGAUAUGAUUGGCAGGCUAUGUGUACCCUUGAUAUGAUUGGCAGGCUAUGUGUACCCUUGAUAUGAUUGGCAGGCUAUGUGUACCAUUUAUAUGAUUGGCAGGCUAUGUGUACCUUUGAUAUGAUUGGCUGGCUUUUGUGGACCCUUGAUGUGAUUGGCAGGCUAUUGUGUACCAUUUAUAUGAUUGGCAGGCUAUGUGUACCUUUGAUAUGAUUGGCUGGCUUUUGUGGACCCUUGAUGUGAUUGGCUGGCUUUUGUGGACCCUUGAUGUGAUUGGCUGGCUUUUGUGUACCCUUGAUAUGAUUGGCUGGCUUUUGUGUACCCUUGAUGUGAUUCUAUGCCAAAUCUUUUUUUCAACUUCAUUUAUUGAAUUGGUUUAGAAUGCCUUCCCUUCCCAAUAAUUUUUAAGUCAUGCCUCACAAGACUUCAAAGUAUAUGAAACUGUUGGGACUGAAAAGAGAAGCUGGGGGAAGGGGGUGACUUGUAUUUCUGUGUAUGUUGUUCAGCUCUUGCUCAUGUUGCUUAAUCCCAAAGAAAGAUUCUGUUGGUGUACUCCACCUUGUGGCCUGAAGCAUUAUCCACCUUGUUACUCGUUUCAUUUUUACAAAGCAUUUGGUCUUAACAUUUCUGUCGUGAAACAUUUCUGUCGUGUAGUCAAAAGUUGUUGUUUUUUUUUUGUUUUUGUUUUUUUCAAAUGUGUAAUUAAGAGAUUAUUGUUUUCUGUUAAAGAUUUGAUCUGAAGAUUUUAUAGAAUUAGUUUCAGUAGUUAAUAGAAAUCUUUAAUCAUAAUGAUGAGUAUCUCAUUAUGAUUCUUUUCAAAAUGAUAUUUGCAAUCGUAAUGUUAUAAAAUGAUUGGUUAAUCUGCGCCAAAUAUGUCUGGAGUGAUACUGUUUGUUUUCUUAUAUUGUUUUGUACAAAUAAAAAUUUCUCUAUAUAUUUUUAUAUAUCAACUCAUGUGAGCACUUUACAAUAGCGUACUUCACCAUAUUGGACAACAGAAUUGUUUGUCUCAGUUUAAAGUUCAUCUGCUGGUUGUGAAACUAAUGUGUAACAUACUCUGUCAUCUAGAAGUGUUGGGAUGAGAUUAUUUUUUUUUUACUGAUAUCACCCCAUACAUUAUAUAUAUAAUAUAUUUAUAAAUAGUUUUAAAUUAUCACUUUCAGAUUGUUGUUGCAAUUAUUUUAUUUAAUUAUAAGUCAUCAACUGUAAAUAGUCUGUCCUAAACAAGGAAUUUCUUUGGUGCCUGUAAGCAUUCAUACUUCCUAGUUUUGUUAUAGACUUAAAAAUAGAUCAAAGAAUUGUUUGUUUUAGAGGAAAUUUUUCUUCUUUUGGAUUUUGAAAAAUGAAGAUGACAAAGUUGAUUAAACGAUGAAUGUUUUGGUUGGUUAUAAAUUAUUAAGUCUAAUCUCCAAAUAAUUUGACAAGAAUUCAAGAAUAAUUGAAUCAUUAAGUAGCUCCCUUAGUCUCUUAGAGUAAGCAUUCUAUACAUUAUAUAGAAAUGUUUUUUUACUCUGAUUAUUUAUCUCAGUAUGUGAUUUCCUACCAGUCUGUAAUAUUUUUGUUUUCCAGUUGCUUAAGAUACUUUCACUAAGCCCAUUACUUUUAGAGAUUGUUCAUUCUGUGUACUGGGUUAGAAGUAUAAAGAUAGAAUCAAUUAUUUUUUUUUGUUAUUUCUUGAAAUUUUAGUGACUAAUUUUAUGAUUAGUCCUUUGAUAAGUACAUUUGUUAAAAAUGUAGUAUGAUAUAGUAUCUUGGUAGACUUAGUACCAUAUUCUCUGAAUUAUUGAAGGUACAGCUUUGGAUGAUUCUUCCAGUUUCUUGUAUUCUUUGCACUGUUUGGUCAAUCCUAAUGUCUUCUAAUUGUUCUAGACCUGUUGGGCCCAACACAGAGUGGUGUUGGGAUGUAUCAAGUUUCAUUCUAUUUGUUGGUCUUGUAUAAGAAUGGCAAGUCUUCCAUGCGUUCAUACGGUUACUUUUUGGACAUAUUUGUUUUUACCAUGUCCACUAGGGGGUGUUAGUGACUUGGAUUUGAUCACAAGUCUCUGCCUCCAUUCUACAUUAUCUGAGCUCUCCACCACCCAACCCUCUUGUGUAUCUAUUCUUCUAGCUGAUUUCUGUGUUCUGUUGUUGAGCUUGAGAUGGCGUUGCUAAAACAGGAGAAACAACUCUACACAUAAUACCUCAUACAGUGACCUUGUUAAAUGUGCAGUUUUACCCCGCGAGAUAUUGUUGUACAUGUUGAUCACCACACAUACACACACAUUCUUUAACAGUGUCAAUCAUCUGUUCACUAUUUGACUUUAUUAUAUACACAUUUACCUUUUGCUAAGCAUAAUUUUAUAUAAGCAUAUUCACAUAUUGUUCUUUUUUAAAUAUUUUUGACAGUAAAAUAAUCAUCAUUUAGUUCAUCUAAAACCUAUAAUACUUUAAAAUAUGUAUGUCUAGAACUGACAAUGUCUUAUUACUGUUGACAAAGUUGAAGAUUGUUGAACCUGUAGCUAAACCUCCCCCAGCUCAGUUAGGGCCCCCCUAAUAUAGUACUUUGUGUAUAAUCCUAUAAGUGCCAAGCUAAUGUACAAGCUAUGCACCAAUAUUAUCUGUUGAAACAGUGAUCCUUCCAUUAAGAGAUCUAAACUGUUGAACCAGUAGGGUUUCAAUUAUGUUGUUGGUGGGUCACUCAAUUGUUCUUAUAGUCAAAUUUAUGAGAUUUCUUUUGGUAGUGGUAUUGAUUAUUAUCAACCAUUUUAAUUAUGUAACCUUUUAAAAAAGUAAAUGACAGAUUGAAGGUCUAGAGUUUGAGCUUCACAUUCUUGUGUGCACACAGAACUAGAAGUACAUUGAUGCACAGGGAAGUAUAUUGGUCCACACAAAAUUAGUUGUACAUUGGUGCACACAAAAUUAGUUGUACAUUGGUGCACACAGUAUUAGUAGUGCAUUGAAGCAUUCAGCACCAGAAGUACAUUAUUUUAGACAGGUCUUAGCACAAAAACACCUUGAAUUGCCAGAGAACAUUUUCUUACUAUUUGGCUCAACUUACACUAUAACUUUGUGUUAUAUUAAGAUUCUAGAAUGUUAUGAUUGAUAGCCUCAGCUUGGUAAAUCAUUUGAAUUGAAAUGUAUAGCUUUCAAUAAAUACAGUUGUGUGAUCAUGUACAAUGAUGACUGUGUGAGGACUAGACACAGAAAGAUUGGUUCAGGGUUGUUGUUUUUUUACAAGAAAGUUUUCAAUCUGGUCAGUGAAAUGGAACCAAUUAAUGUGUUGAAGUUUUUGUACAUGUGGCUUAAGAUAUUUGAUCCUACCAUUUAUUUUUCUAUGGUUUUGAGGACAGAUUAAUUUCACUGAUGUUUAGUUAAAGCACCCAGUUUAAUUUUCACUAAUCUCAUAACAAAACAAUUCAGUCUGAAAUAUUUUGUGAAUGAUGUCACUACAUGAUUACUUGUAUAUAGUGUAUUAUAAAUUGUGAAAAGAAAUGUUGGAUAAACUACUACAGAACUAUCUAUUGAAUAAAGGAAUGUAUGUGUAGAA